CAACUAUUCGCAGAUCAAAACUUGUAAUUUUGUUGAUUUUUAUUGUGGGAUUGUGAAAUUAGUUACAUUAAAAUACUAUUUUAAUAUAAUUAAGGAGACAAGUUCGCUCUACUUAAGAUUUAUAUUGCUCAACAGAACGAAAAAUGGGUGAGCGCAAAGGACAGAAUCUUUAUUAUCCCCCUGACUAUGACCCUAAGGUCGGGGGGUUGAACAAAUUCAUGGGAACACACGCAUUGCGAGAAAGAGCCAGGAAACUUCAUAUGGGGAUCCUGAUCAUCCGUUUUGAGAUGCCCUAUAACAUCUGGUGUGAAGGAUGUAAGAACCACAUUGGGAUGGGAGUCAGAUACAAUGCUGAGAAGACCAAGAUUGGAAUGUACUACUCAACUCCAGUGUAUCAAUUCCGAAUGAAGUGUCAUUUGUGUGACAAUCAUUUUGAAAUCAAAACCGAUCCAGGGAAUUUAGACUAUGUGAUUGUAUCAGGGGCUAGAAGACAGGAGAAUCGAUGGGACCCUACAGACAAUGGUCAGAUUGUACCGGAAACUAAGGAAACACAGAAGAAACUGUUUGAUGAUGCCAUGUUCAAGCUGGAACAUAAGACAGGGGAUGAAGAAACUGCGAAACUUGAUAAUCCAAGGCUAGGGAGGCUGGUCGGUAGAAAUGAGUCAGUUUGGAAGGAUGACUAUGAAGCUAAUUGUUCUUUAAGGAGGAACUUUAGGAAAAGGAGAAAAGAACUAGAAGAAUCAUCAGUGAAUGACAGCCUACUAUUGGCUAAAUCUUCUUUAGACAUAAGUCUUCUACCAGAAAAUGAAGAUGACAGGAAUAUGGCGUCACUCCUCUCUCUGCGGCCUUCCAAGAGUGUUGAAGAGUCCCAAACUCAAACUAGAAGUAAGACCCUCAAUACACCAGCUUUGCCAAGUUCUACUGGACUUUUGACCAGCUUUGGGGGACUCAAAAAAGAAGAAUCUUUGUCUAAAUCUAAUUCGCUCACUAGACAAGGCCUUGGUAUAACACUAAAAAGAAGUAAAAUUCUUGAGAAGAAUAGUACAGAAGAUAAAAAAUGUAAUUCUAAAGAAUAUUCCAAAAUAGAAGAUAACCUUAUAACUGAAAGUAAGGAUCUAAAAGAUGAUAUUUGUAAGGAUAUAAAAUUAAGUGAAGUUCCUAACAAAUAUGAGAAUACAGAUGACCAAAAGAAGAUAGAUAUUUUAAAUAUAAAGAAAGAUGAAGUAACUACUCCAACAACUAUUACAAACAGCAGUAUUACCAUAGAUAAAGUUGAGACAAAAAAAUUGUCCUUAGUUGGUGAUUACAGCUCUAGUGAUGAAAACUCUGAGUAAGGGCCCUCUGUUUCACAA